AUGAGGAGCUUCACCUUGAUAACAGCUUUACUUCUCUGCAGCCUCAGCUCCAUCUCAGGUUUUGAGUCUCAGACUGUGGAGGUUCAGUCUGGUGAUGAAGUCACACUGACGUGCACCAACAUUUACAGCGGUCAAACUCAGAUGGACUGGUUCAGAGUGAUCAACAGAACCAAGCCCAGCUGCAUCUCCUCUAUGUACGGGUCUGAAGGUGAAGCUUCGUUCUGUGUUGGAUUUCAAAAAGAAAAAUUUGAAAUGAGCUCCAACAAGUCCACUGUCUUUCUUAAAAUCAAGCGAGUGGAUUUAUCUGACUCUGGACUGUAUUUCUGUGGAAUCUACGUGAAAGCAAAUACCGUCAUUGCCGAUGCAACACAUUUAAUCGUUCAAGGUAAUGGCGAAUCUGAUGGUGAAGUGGUUUGUAAGACUGAAAAGACUAAUUCUAUCAUCAUUCUUGUAGAGGAGUUUGAUGUAACGGCAAACCUAAUGAGUUUGAUCCUGGUUGGUCUGACCGUUUCCCUCACCAUAGUCGUCGUUGUUCUGGCUGUUAAAGUCAGGAAACUUCAGACAGCUGUGAAUGAGGAGCCACAGCCAGAAAGAAACAAGGUGAACUCACCAUUAACUUAUACAAACAGUAACUUAGAUGGCGAUGAACUGAACUACGCAGCUCUAAGUUUCCAGGCAAAGCCAAAAAGAAGCCGCAGGCCUGCACCUGAGAGAGAGAUGGAGUCACAUGUUGUGUACGCUGCCACCAGAUAGACCCAGGAAGCAACAGAAACUCAUGCUUUAUGUCAUUAAUCUUAUUAGUUGCUAGUCUAAUUAGCUGUUC